AUGUUUUUUCAACGAACUGGUCUCCAUGUUACUUCUCGAACUACUCGAAAUUACCGUUCGUCGUUGAGUUUUCAUCCAGUUCAUGCACGAACUCAACCAUUAAUUAAUGCAACAUAUACACGACAAAGGUUAAAUUUCUAUUUAUCACAUGCAACAGAUCGAUGGCAGAACAUCAUCUUCAGUGAUGAAAAAGCAUCUGAAGUUGAUGUUUCUGGUAUAGUUUACUGGAUCCCGUACGGUUGUCCAAGGCCAACACAUUUCCAAAGUCAAGUUCAAUAUCGCGUCGUCAUAUUUGGUGCAGUAUGGUAUGAUGAUCGAUCAAACUUUGUUUUCAUUCAUGGUCGAAUUAAUAUUAGAACAUACGUUCAACAUCUACAAGCUACACUGAAUUCACAUCUACGUCAUCUAAGACGAUAUUAUUUCACACACGAUCGUCCUACAUGGGUACACACUGUACUAGCACAUGACUGGUUACUUAGUAAUCGUAUUAGAUGCAUGGAUAACUAUCCGGCUGUUAGUCCUGAUCUCAACGCUGUUGAGAGCGUGUGGUCUUGGAUGAAUCGGCACGUGCAAAGAAAUCAUCCAAACUCUCAACAACGUUUAGAGCGGUUAGUUGAGCAAGCAUGGAAUACGAUUCCUCAAGACGUCAUACGUGGGUAUAUAAAUAAUAUAUCGAAUAUUUUGUAA